GGAAUGGGCAGCAGGAGCUGUUUUAAAAGAGGAGGGAAGCUGCCGUGCUCAGAGAGAGAGCAGCAGGGAGACCUGAGAGGGCUGCUGCUGUAGCAGGAGAAGCAGCACCACUAAGAGUAACCAAGAGAGCAGAUUAGAGUUAAGACACCUUAAAAAUCCACAGCCUGGCUGGCAGCAACACUCAAGUCUCACUCUGACUGCUGCAUCCCAUCCAAGAACAGGGGCAAGAAGAGGAAGGCGAUAAUCCAAGUUACAUCUUUGAGGUCUCCUCAUCAUGAAGCUCUUGACAGCAAUAUUCCUUUUACUGUUCAUUGUAAUCUGCUUUACAAGUGUAGAAGGAUCAAAAUGCAGAUGCUUACGAAAGGGUCCCAAGAUAAGAUUUUCUGAUAUACAAAAACUUGAAGAGAGGCCAAAAUAUCCCUAUUGCAAGGAAAGAAUGAUCAUAGUCACCAUGAAAUCACGGUUCCGAGGUGGCCAUCAGUACUGCUUGCAUCCCAAACUCCCGAGUACAAAAAGAUUACUUAAAUGGUACACAAUAUGGAAAGAGAAGGAGAGAGUUUAUGAAGAGUGAGGAGGUUACAUCUUGGUAAAAGAAACAGGACUGUGUGAUGGACAUGACAAAAAUAAAAUCAGUGGAGGAGAUAACUUCUUACAAGACGUGAUACAAAAUCUAUAUUGUUAUAAAGCACUUUUUACCAAGGAUCACUUUUUACAUUUUAUAGCUGUUUUAAAAAAAUCAACCAGAUUUCAUAAGUGUCUUUGAAACACGAAAUUUCAUACAUACCUUCUUUGUAGUUCAUGAGAUAUAAUCUUCAUUUAAAAUCUGUUUUGUUUGUUUUGUUUUGUUUAAAUCUUCCUUUGAUAGUUGUUUGUAUAUCACUAUGACUGGAAACUGGGCUUUAUAAGCUCAUUUGGUGAACCAUAAUUUGUAAAAAAAA